AUGGCCGACGUCGCCAUGCCCGGCGCGUCCAGCGAGGUGCGCGAGGUGACGCGCAUCGAGCGCAUCGGCGCCCACAGCCACAUCCGCGGCCUGGGCCUCGACGACUGCCUCGAGCCGCGCCAGGUGAGCCAGGGCAUGGUCGGGCAGCACGGCGCGCGGAAGGCCGCCGGCGUCGUGUACAAGAUGAUCAACGAGGGCAAGAUCGCCGGCCGCGCGAUCCUCCUCGCGGGCCGCCCGGGCACGGGCAAGACGGCCAUCGCCAUGGGUCUGGCGCAGGCCCUGGGCGAGGACACGCCCUUCACGUCCAUGGCCGGCAGCGAGAUCUUCUCCCUCGAGAUGUCGAAGACCGAGGCGUUGACGCAGGCGUUCCGCCGGUCCAUCGGCGUGCGCAUCAUGGAGGAGACGGACAUCAUCGAGGGCGAGGUCGUCGAGAUCCAGACGGACCAGCCCAACGCCGGCGAGGCGACCGCCCAGAAGACGGGCCGCGUCACUUUGUGUACCACCGAGAUGGAGACGGUCUACGACCUCGGCGCGCGCAUGAUCGAGGCCAUGCAGAAAGAGAAGGUCACGGCCGGCGACGUCAUCUCCAUCGACCGCGCGUCCCACAAGGUCACGAAGCUCGGCCGGUCCUUCACGCGGUCGCGCGACUACGACGCCAUGGGCCCCAGCGUCCGCUUCGUGCAGUGCCCCGAGGGCGAGCUCCAGAAGCGCAAGGAGGUCGUCCACACGGUCUCGCUCCACGAGAUCGACGUCAUCAACUCGCGGGCCCAGGGCUUCCUGGCCCUCUUCGCCGGCGACACGGGCGAGAUCCAGGGCAGGAAAAGAGAGCGAAAUUCCCAACUUCAAAGGCUCCUAUCUCGGCCGUUUUCAACUCGCGAGAUCAAGGCCGAGGUCCGCGAGCAGAUCGACGCCAAGGUCGCCGAGUGGCGCGAGGAGGGCAAGGCGACGAUCGUGCCCGGCGUCCUCUUCAUCGACGAGGUCCACAUGCUCGACAUCGAGUGCUUCUCCUGGCUGAACCGGGCCCUGGAGUCGGACCUGGCGCCCGUGCUCAUGGUCGCCACGAACCGCGGCAUCGCGAAGAUCCGCGGCACGCAGUACAAGUCGCCCCACGGCAUCCCCAUCGACCUGCUGGACCGCCUCAUGAUCAUCUCCACGACGCCUUAUAGUGAUGCGGAGCUCAAGAAGAUCCUGACCAUCCGCUGCGAGGAGGAGGACGUCGAGAUGGAGGACGACGCGCUCGACCUGCUGACGCGCAUCGGCGCGGAGACGUCGAUGCGCUACGCGAUCCAGAUGAUCAUCACGGCGUCCCUGGUCGCCUACAAGCGCAAGGCCGCCCUCGUCGAGAUCGAGGACAUCAAGAAGGUCUACUCGCUCUUCGUCGACCUGAAGCGGUCGACGCAGUUCCUCAUGGAGUACCAGUCCGAGUUCAUGUUCAACGAGAUCGCCGACGACUCCGAGGACGAGGAGAGCGACGACGACGACGACGACGACGACGAGGAGCUCGCCGACGCCGACGCCUAG